CGCGCAGCUGUGUUUUGUUUUUACCACAUAUCACAUCAAACAUCUUUCGAAUUCCGUUGGAUGCCCGUAACCCGCAUUGUACCUGAAGACUGCACACAAACCAUGGAAGAUAUUGAAACAGAUGCGGUCACCAUCCUGGACGUGCUGGGAUUGUACCCGUGUGCGCGCGCGAUACUGGACUACGUGCCCGUCAGGGAGCUGGUACGCUCGGAGCGGGUCUGCCGGCAGUGGCAAUGUGUCGUGCGUGACUAUUUACAGUACUGCCGCAUCGAUACCUUAUACAAUGUUUAUUACUUCUAUUUGAAAUCGUUUCGUGAAAGUAUUAACUUUGGAAUAAACCGAAAAGCAGUGACAUAUAUUGCACAUAAAAGCUUGUUUACAGCAUGUGAAGCUCUUGAAAAAUUCGCACCUCCUCAUGUGAGCGAUGGCUAUUUCAAAAAUAUAUCAAGUUGCCCUUACUUGCGGCAUUUAAACUGGCUUAAUAUGAACGAAGUAUGUUUUGAAAAUUGCAAGACGCUGAGAAUAUCUGAAUUAAUUCAACAUAAAAGAAAAAGUGACAUCAGUAAAUCUUAUUUGCAUCUAACUGGAGAUAUAUUGAAACAUAUUAAGUCAAAAGACUUGACGUUGAAAGCUAUAUGCACUGCUAUCUAUAGCUUACGAAGCAUAACAACAUUAGAACUUGACGAUCAUAAUGUGGUUAAACGUGAUUAUAUGCAUUUACUGCUAAACGCAAUGCCGCAGCUAGAAAAUUUGUCUUUUUGCAAUUACACAUCUUGUAAAUACACAUCUAUUUUAUAUAACGACUCGUGUAUAGUUUCAACUGAUGAGUUAAUUUUAUCAAUUAGUCGGCUUGCUAAUUUGAAACGUCUUUAUAUGCGUAAUAAUACAAUUGUGAACGACGCAUUGUUAGAGGCGCUGGCGCAAUGUAAGGAGCUGGAGUAUUUGGAUAUAAGCAACGACAGCGUGCACAGAAAUUUGCCUAAGAAGUACAGUGCACGCGGCGUGGCAGCACUUUGCCGCAGGUCACUCACUGUCACGCUUCGCUUGGGCUAUGUUCAGAACUUCACAAGUAUGACUCUAGCAAUCUUCGUUCAGAAUUUACCUAUCAUUCAGGAGUUGAUAUCUCUUGGCUGCUGCGUGGAGGUAACGCCGCAGUGGCUCGAAGAAACCUCUAUCGCUUCGCAAACUCAAAUGCGUCGACUCGAACUGAUAGUGAAAAGUUCAACCUGGUUGAAUCCGUGCCUGUCGGCUAAGACGGAUGAGUUUUACAAUCUUAAAAUUGUGUUAAAUACUGAUGUGCACACCGAGCAGCAAUUUUCUGGUCUGGACUAG